AUGGCCUCACUGGACACCGUCAGAGGGGAUCUUGGCCUGGUUGUUUUGUACCUAAGCAAGGCUGAGGCAAGAGAUAAGAUCUGUAGGGCUAUACAAUAUGGAUCCAAGUUCUUGAGCAACGGACAGCCAGGACCUGCACAGAAUGUCGACAAAUCAACUAGUCUAGCUCGGAAAGUUUUCCGCCUGUUUAAGUUUGUUAAUGAUCUCCAAGCUCUGAUUAGUCCCCCUGCCAAAGGAACUCCACUUCCACUGAUCUUACUUGGAAAGUCGAAGAACGCGAUGCUGUCAACUUUCCUCUUUCUGGACCAAAUUGUUUGGGCUGGGAGAACAGGAGUAUACAAGAACAAGGAGCGAGCAGAGUUCCUUGGCAGGAUAGCAUUUUAUUGCUUUCUCGGAUCUAAUACCUGUACUACCAUCAUCGAGCUAGCGGAGCUUCAGCGGCUUUCCAAAUCGAUGAAGAAGUUAGAGAAGGACCUCAAGCACCAAGAGCUGCACAAGAACGAGCAGUAUCGGAUGAAGCUGCAGAAGUCCAACGAGAGGCUGCUCGCCCUCAUCAAAUCGAGCCUCGACAUAGUUGUUGCGGUGGGGCUCCUGCAACUUGCCCCGAAAAAGGUCACUCCUCGCGUCACAGGGGCCUUUGGGUUCGCUAGCUCGCUCAUCGCCUGUUACCAGGCGGUGCGUGGGCCUAGUCUAAAUGAGACUGAAAUUGGGCUCCGCAUCACCACCACCUUCGAGGGGUAUCCAUCUCUGCCCUUAUGGUUUCUGCCAUGA